AUGCUCUCGCGUUCGGUCCUCCGCGUGUUCGACGCCCAAGAGCUUCGUUUGGCGUACGCGAGAUGGCACAACGUCGCGAGAGUGGACGGGAAGCGAGGCGCGUUGAUCGUUCUCACGAUGUGGCCCUUGGCGGCGUUGUUCGCGGCGUUGUUCGUCGUGGCAACGCCGAUCUUGGCGCCGAUCGCGAUGGUGACCGCGUUCGUAUUGGAGCUCACUGGGGCAAAGGAGAUGGAGGAGAAAGAGGUGAAGCGAUACGGCGACGCGCCGUCGUAUCACGAGCUCUACCCGCAGGUGAAGCCUAAGGGUGGGAGAGCGAACGCACCGAAGUACAAGGAGUUCGUCGACCCCAUGAAGAAGAGCCCGGCGUUUGACGUCAUUGAGGGUAUCAUGGCAAAACGCGUGAUGGUGAUUGACGGCGCCAUGGGUACGGCAGUGCAGAGGUACAAGCUGACCGAGGAUGACUUCCGAGGAGAGCGUUACAAGGAGCACACGCACGACUUGAAGGGGAACAACGACAUUCUUGUGCUCACGAGGCCGGAUGUGAUUGGGGAGAUCCACGAGGCGUAUCUCGCAGCGGGCGCCGACAUCAUUGAGACGAACACCUUCUCUUCGACGAUGAUCGCCCAAGCCGACUACGAGCUCGAUAAGAAGAACGAAGUGCGCGAUAUGAACAUCGCUGCCGCUCGUUUGGCGAAGGCGGCGUGCGAGAAGUUUACGAAGCAGAACCCGGACAAGCCACGUUUUGCCGCCGGUGCCAUUGGUCCGACAAACAGAACGCUUUCCGUGUCUCCAUCAGUCGAGAACCCGGCGUUCCGCGCGUGCACGUUCGACGAAAUUGUUGACGGCUACUAUGAUCAGAUCGAAGCGCUCGUGGAAGGUGGUGUUGACAUGCUUUUGGUCGAAACCAUCUUUGACACCCUCAACGCGAAGGCUGCGAUUUUUGCCAUUGAGAAAUUCUUUGACGCGUACGGCACUCGCUUGCCGCUCUUCGUGUCCGGUACCAUCGUCGACAACUCUGGUCGUACGUUGUCUGGCCAGACGAACGAGGCGUUCUGGAACUCUGUGAUGCACGCCAAGCCGAUGGCCAUUGGCUUGAACUGUGCUCUCGGUGCCAAGGAUAUGGUCCCGUACAUCGAGAACCUGAGUAAGUGCGCCGACUGCUGGGUGUUUGCGUACCCGAACGCUGGUUUGCCGAACGCCAUGGGCGGUUACGACCAAAAGGGUGCCGAAAUGGCCGAAGACUGCCGCGUUUUCCUCGAGAAGGGUCUGUUGAACGGCAUCGGUGGUUGCUGCGGAACUACGGAUGAGCACAUCGGUGCCUUGGCGGACAUGGUGGCGCCGUACACGCCGCGUAAGAAGCAUGGCAUCCCGGAUAUCAUGCGUCUUUCUGGCCUUGAGCCGUUUAACUACUCGCCGGACGAGAAGGAUUACCGCAAGACGUUCAUCAACCUCGGUGAGCGAUGCAACGUUGCUGGCUCGACCAUCUUCAAGAAGGCCAUUGUUGACGGUGAUUUUGAGAAGGCUCUUGCGAUCGCCCUCAAGCAAGUCGAAAACGGUGCUCACGUGAUUGACAUCAACAUGGAUGACGGCUUGAUCGAUGGUGAGUCGGCAAUGACCCGCUUCGUCAACUUGCUCGUCUCUGAGCCGGAUGCCUCCAAGGUUCCGUUCAUGAUCGACUCUUCGAAGUUUCAUGUUGUCGAGGCUGGACUCAAGUGCAGCCAAGGCAAGUGCAUCAUGAACUCCAUCUCCCUCAAGGGUGGCGAGGAGGAGUUCUUGAAGCACGCGCGUAUUGUCAAGCGCCACGGCGCCGCUGUUGUUGUGAUGGCCUUUGACGAGGCAGGGCAGGCGGCGACUGAGGCAGAGAAGAUUCGCAUUUGUUGCCGUGCGUACAAGCUGUUGGUCGAGGAAGUUGGUUUCAACCCGCAGGACAUCAUCUUUGACCCGAACAUUCUCACGAUUGGUACGGGAAUGGAAGAACACAACAACUACGCCGUUGACUUCAUCAACGCCACGCGUGAGAUCAAGCGACUCUGCCCGGGUUGCAAGAUCAGUGGUGGCGUGUCCAACUUGGCAUUCUCCUUCCGUGGCAACGAGCCCGUCCGCCGCGCUUUCCACAGCGCUUUCUUGUACCACGCGUGCAAGGCUGGCAUGGACAUGGGUAUCGUGAACGCAGCGCAAGUCGAGGAAGAUGAAUACACAAAGAUUGACAAGGAGCUGCUCGAGUAUGUCGAGGAUGUCCUCUUGAACCGUUGCACAAACGCCACUGAGCGCAUGCUCGAGUUCGCGGCCACGCUUGACCCGAAGUCCAAGCCUACUCAGCUUCGCAGACUCGGUGCCGAGCCGCCGGCUCCAAAGUUCGAGGCCCAGCCGAAGCAAAACUAUUCGUCAGAGAAUAAGAUCGCGCCGAAGAAGGCGUCCGAACUUCUUCCGGUUCCGACUUACAAGGAGUUCGUCGACCCCAUGAAGAAGAGCCCGGCGUUUGACGUCAUUGAGGGUAUCAUGGCAAAACGCGUGAUGGUGAUUGACGGCGCCAUGGGUACGGCAGUGCAGAGGUACAAGCUGACCGAGGAUGACUUCCGAGGAGAGCGUUACAAGGAGCACACGCACGACUUGAAGGGGAACAACGACAUUCUUGUGCUCACGAGGCCGGAUGUGAUUGGGGAGAUCCACGAGGCGUAUCUCGCAGCGGGCGCCGACAUCAUUGAGACGAACACCUUCUCUUCGACGAUGAUCGCCCAAGCCGACUACGAGCUCGAUAAGAAGAACGAAGUGCGCGAUAUGAACAUCGCUGCCGCUCGUUUGGCGAAGGCGGCGUGCGAGAAGUUUACGAAGCAGAACCCGGACAAGCCACGUUUUGCCGCCGGUGCCAUUGGUCCGACAAACAGAACGCUUUCCGUGUCUCCAUCAGUCGAGAACCCGGCGUUCCGCGCGUGCACGUUCGACGAAAUUGUUGACGGCUACUAUGAUCAGAUCGAAGCGCUCGUGGAAGGUGGUGUUGACAUGCUUUUGGUCGAAACCAUCUUUGACACCCUCAACGCGAAGGCUGCGAUUUUUGCCAUUGAGAAAUUCUUUGACGCGUACGGCACUCGCUUGCCGCUCUUCGUGUCCGGUACCAUCGUCGACAACUCUGGUCGUACGUUGUCUGGCCAGACGAACGAGGCGUUCUGGAACUCUGUGAUGCACGCCAAGCCGAUGGCCAUUGGCUUGAACUGUGCUCUCGGUGCCAAGGAUAUGGUCCCGUACAUCGAGAACCUGAGUAAGUGCGCCGACUGCUGGGUGUUUGCGUACCCGAACGCUGGUUUGCCGAACGCCAUGGGCGGUUACGACCAAAAGGGUGCCGAAAUGGCCGAAGACUGCCGCGUUUUCCUCGAGAAGGGUCUGUUGAACGGCAUCGGUGGUUGCUGCGGAACUACGGAUGAGCACAUCGGUGCCUUGGCGGACAUGGUGGCGCCGUACACGCCGCGUAAGAAGCAUGGCAUCCCGGAUAUCAUGCGUCUUUCUGGCCUUGAGCCGUUUAACUACUCGCCGGACGAGAAGGAUUACCGCAAGACGUUCAUCAACCUCGGUGAGCGAUGCAACGUUGCUGGCUCGACCAUCUUCAAGAAGGCCAUUGUUGACGGUGAUUUUGAGAAGGCUCUUGCGAUCGCCCUCAAGCAAGUCGAAAACGGUGCUCACGUGAUUGACAUCAACAUGGAUGACGGCUUGAUCGAUGGUGAGUCGGCAAUGACCCGCUUCGUCAACUUGCUCGUCUCUGAGCCGGAUGCCUCCAAGGUUCCGUUCAUGAUCGACUCUUCGAAGUUUCAUGUUGUCGAGGCUGGACUCAAGUGCAGCCAAGGCAAGUGCAUCAUGAACUCCAUCUCCCUCAAGGGUGGCGAGGAGGAGUUCUUGAAGCACGCGCGUAUUGUCAAGCGCCACGGCGCCGCUGUUGUUGUGAUGGCCUUUGACGAGGCAGGGCAGGCGGCGACUGAGGCAGAGAAGAUUCGCAUUUGUUGCCGUGCGUACAAGCUGUUGGUCGAGGAAGUUGGUUUCAACCCGCAGGACAUCAUCUUUGACCCGAACAUUCUCACGAUUGGUACGGGAAUGGAAGAACACAACAACUACGCCGUUGACUUCAUCAACGCCACGCGUGAGAUCAAGCGACUCUGCCCGGGUUGCAAGAUCAGUGGUGGCGUGUCCAACUUGGCAUUCUCCUUCCGUGGCAACGAGCCCGUCCGCCGCGCUUUCCACAGCGCUUUCUUGUACCACGCGUGCAAGGCUGGCAUGGACAUGGGUAUCGUGAACGCAGCGCAAGUCGAGGAAGAUGAAUACACAAAGAUUGACAAGGAGCUGCUCGAGUAUGUCGAGGAUGUCCUCUUGAACCGUUGCACAAACGCCACUGAGCGCAUGCUCGAGUUCGCGGCCACGCUUGACCCGAAGUCCAAGCCCACCGAGCUUCGCAAGAAGGGUGUGGCGGCGACAUCUAAGAAGACGGCUGGAUCUGGCAAGGAGUGGCGCAACCAGCCAGCGGAGAAGCGUCUCGAGUACGCUCUCAUCAAGGGUAUUGAUGAGUUCUGCAUUGCUGACACUGAGGAGUGCCGCAUCGGCGGCAAGUACUCGUCGUGCUUGGAGGUCAUCGAAGGUCCCCUCAUGGACGGCAUGAACAUCGUUGGUGACCUCUUCGGUGCUGGUAAGAUGUUCUUGCCACAAGUCAUCAAGUCUGCUCGUGUGAUGAAGAAGGCUGUCGGUCACCUCAUCCCCUUCAUGGAUGCCGAGAAGGCCGCCACCGGUAGCACGGAGGCGAGUACCGCCGGCACGUUCUUGAUCGCCACUGUAAAGGGUGACGUCCACGACAUCGGUAAAAACAUCGUCGCCGUCGUCCUGGGUUGCAAUAACUUCAAGGUUGUUGAUAUCGGUGUCAUGUGCCCAUGUGAAAAGAUCCUCGAUGCCGUCGUGGAACACAAAGCAGAUAUCUUGGGUUUGUCCGGUCUUAUCACACCGUCGCUGGAUGAAAUGGUUACUGUUGCGAAGGAGAUGGAGAAGCGCGGAAUGAAGCUUCCGCUUCUAAUUGGUGGAGCGACGACUUCAAAGAUGCACACUGCUGUGAAGCUCACGCCAAACUACUCGGGUGGUGUCAUUCACGUUCUGGACGCCUCUCGUGCCGUCCCGGUCGCUCAGACGCUGUUGGACGACAGGAAGAACGUUGAUUUCCUUGAUGACAUCAAUGAGACGUAUGCUGAGAUGCGUGAAGAGUUCUACGCCGGUUUGGAGGAUCGUAAGUACUUGACCCUUGAGAAGGCUCGGGCGACUGUCCAACCUGUGGAUUUCACCGUGGCACCGAACAUCCCGGUCACGCCGAAGUUCUGCGGUGCAAAAUCUGUCGAAGUCUCGAUCGAUGACGUUCUCCCGUACAUCGACUGGAACCCGUUCUUCCAAGUUUGGCAGCUUCGCGGUCGUUACCCGAACCGCGGCUACCCAAAGAUUUUCAACGAUGAAACCGUUGGCAGUGAGGCGAAGAAGCUCUUCAACGAGGCCAACGCAAUGAUUCAAAAGAUCAAGGAAAAUAAGCGACUCACGUUGAAGGGCAUCUACGGGUUCUAUCCGGCGAACUCAGUCGGCGACGACAUCGUCGUCUACACGGAUGAGACCAGAUCGACGCCACAGCACACCUUCUUCACGCUUCGUCAACAAGCCGAGAAGGACACGGACGAGCCGUACAUGGCGCUCAGCGACUUUAUCGCGCCCAAGUCCAGCGGCGUGAAGGACUACCUCGGCAUGUUCGUUUGCUCUGCCGGUUUUGGCCUCGACGAGCUCACCGCCGAGUACAAGGCGGCGAACGAUGAUUACUCGUACAUCAUGGCUGAAGCCUUGGCUGAUCGUCUCGCCGAAGCCUUCGCGGAAUUGCUUCAUGAACAAGUUCGUAAGGAUCACUGGGGCUACGCCAAGGAUGAAGCGUUCUCGUGUGACGAUUUACUCAAGGUUAAGUACCAAGGGAUCCGUCCGGCGCCGGGCUACCCGUCUCAACCGGACCACACUGAGAAAGCCACGAUGUGGGACUUGAUGAAGGUCAAGGAGGAGAUCGGCGUCGAGCUCACGGAAACGUUUGCCAUGCUUCCGUCGGCGUCAGUUUCCGGCCUUUAUUUCGCAGGUGCGUGCUCUCAGUACUUCAACGUCGGUAAGAUCACCGCCGAUCAAGUCACCGAGUACGCUGAUCGUAAGAAGAUGGACCUAUCGGAGGCGCAACGUUGGCUCGGACCCAACUUGAGCUAUGAACCUUAG